UCUUUAAAAUUGACUUCCGAAGGAAACAUUUCUUUACUUACUGUAGUAUUUGAGCGCUUCUUUCAACUGUCGUUAAACGCACGAUGACAGUUGACAGUCAGCAGUGAAUGCGAAUGAAAAUAAAAAAUAAUGAAAUUAUUAAUUGAAUUGAAGAGGGAAAGGAGAACAAGUAUAUUAUAAUAAUUCAUAUGUAAUGUUUACUGAUUAUAGUUUACUUUUGUAUAAUAGAUAAAUGUCAUGGCCACGAAAAAAAUGUCUUUGUCUCAAAACAAACAGUCAUCACUUAUAAAUUUUGUAAAAAAAACCAGUCGGGAAUCAUCUCGGAAUAGUAGUCCGACUCCAAGUGGUGACAAUGAGCAAGUCUCAGAAAAGAAAUCCAAAUUUGUAUGGAAGUCCAAGUCUACUCCGACCUCUAAUACUUGGACACCUCCAUUCAAACAGAAUCCUGUUGGUAUUUCAUCAAAUCAAGCCCCACCUAGACAGAACCAUAUAUUGCCUGUAACUCCAAUUGUUAACUCUGCUCCCUCAGCUUUCAAUCAGUCUCUAAAAUCAAAUGUCCCAUGUGACAACAGCAAUGACAUGUUUGCUAUGGAUGUGGAUGACUCAAUGGACUUUCUUGAAACAAAUAUAACAAAAGAUAAAAGCCAAUCACCAAAAGCGACCAACAGAUCUCUCAGAAUCAAUUCUAGCCCUUCACCUGCUAAACAUGAACACAAAUCUGAAACUAGGGACAAGUCGGCAGACAGCAAAAAGGUUUGCAGAACCCCAGACAAAUCCAGUCCAAAGAAGGAUAAGGACCCUCUGAAGAAUCUUAAACUGGAUAGCUCAAUUUCUGGUUUCUUACAGAAGAUUGCUCAUCAUACUGCUUUGAAGAAAGCUAGUGAGGACCGUAGUCUCCACACAAAAGACAAAGAAGACUGUAAAAAGAUGUACAUAGAACUGUUAGAAAAAAUUGCUGACGCGUUUGACAGAAUACCAAACUGCAUUAAAGAAAAAUUCCCCGGCUACGAAAACAAAACUUAUGCUAAAAUGAAACAGUUGAAAUCAAGACUUAAAGCAGCUAUGGCGAAGGUACCUGAUGAUUCGACUCAGUCCUACUUAGAUAGUCAACCUAGUACUAGUAAAUGUAAUACACAAGUCAAUGGUCGUGAAAGUCCAUCACUACUUGGUGAUUAUGAUGACCUAAACGAUUUUCAAAUGCCAAAAAACAAUCUCCUUAACGGGGAAAGACCUAUACUGACAUCUGAUACUUCAACUCCAGAAUUUACAUUUAAUAAAGCAGCCCCAAAUAAAACAAUAUAUUCUGACUUAAUGGCUAAGAAAUCUCUAUCUUUUGAAGCGUUUUCGCCUACAACAGGAAAUGAAAGCCUCCAAUCAGAUGUAGAGAAUUUAGAUACUUCUGAAAAUGCAAAUAAAAGUAAAGGGAAAUUUGUAUUUAAGAAACCUUCUAGACUUAGUGAAGAUAAUAGUACACCGACUAGAGAUGUACCUUCAAAAACUUUAGAAAGGUUUAAAAAUGCAUCUGAAAAACUCAAGCCAGUAGUAGCUGAAGAACCUCAAAAAUACGUGCCUGUAGCUAACAGCUCAGUUGGUUUCCAACCCCCUGAGUUGAGUAAGAAUCUGUCAAGCUUUAGUAAACCUUGCACGGCCGUUUCGCCUAUUGUAAAAGAGCCGGUUCAAGACUAUGAUGAAAACGAUUAUGAUAUACCUUUAGACAUGGAUGAUGACACGGAUAUUAUUCCAGAAAGUUCGAAAGUCAGUGUGAUCAAUAUAAGUGAUUCUCAGCCAAGUAUAAGUAAUACACAGAUUGUGAAUGGUAAAGAGGUUGCAGUGGAUGACGACGGUUGGCCGGAGUACAGGCUGGAAGACUUUGAAGAUGACAUGGAUAUAUCGCUGACGACGGAGCCGGAAGUCGUCAAGUUGAUGGAGCACUCUACUUUGGAAACUGAGACGCCUAAGUAUAAGGGCAUGGGGAAUUUUCACGAGGGUACGCAAAAUGAUGGAAUUACGGGCGAGUUCGACGGCCUGGACUACCCCCACUCUUCUAUGAUGAUGGAAAUGUUCAGUGAGAAGUUCGGUCUGCGCUCCUUCCGACCGAACCAGCUGCAAGUGAUCAACGCCACUUUGUUGGGCCACGACUGCUUUGUACUCAUGCCUACGGGCGGAGGUAAAUCGCUGUGCUACCAACUGCCUGCUAUUUUGACGCCGGGGGUCACCAUCGUCAUAUCACCACUGAAAUCGCUCAUUUUGGACCAAGUCAACAAGCUGCUUUCUCUGGACAUCCCAGCGGCUCAUCUCUCCGGCGACGUGUCCCUAGCCCAAGUGGACGAGAUAUACCACAAGCUGUCUCUACGGGAACCACUCAUCAAGCUGCUCUACGUGACUCCUGAGAAGAUCAGCAGUUCGCCCAAGUUCCAGACCAUGCUGGACGCGCUGUACUCGCGGGAUAAGCUAGCCAGAUUCGUGAUUGACGAGGCGCACUGCGUCUCCCAGUGGGGCCACGAUUUCCGACCGGACUACAAACGACUGUUCAUGCUCCGGGAGCGCUUCCCGACUACCAAUAUUAUGGCGCUGACGGCGACAGCCACGCCGAGGGUGCGCAUGGACAUUCUGCACCAGCUAAAGGUAUCAAAAUGCAAGUGGUUCCUGUGUUCAUUCAACCGGCCGAACCUGGCCUACCGCAUCCUCGAGAAAAAACCCAAGAACGUAAACCAGGAUGUCGCCAACAUCAUCAAGGAGAAGUUCUUCCGUGACUCAGGCAUAGUCUAUUGCCUGUCGCGCAAAGAGUGCGAGACUCUAUCCGGAGACCUUCGUAAAGUGGGCAUUCAGGCUGCACCUUACCACGCCGGUCUACCGGAUAAAAAGAGAGAACAGGUGCAAGCGGGAUGGGUAGCUGACAAGUUUAAAGUGAUCUGCGCAACAAUCGCGUUCGGAAUGGGCGUGGACAAGGCGGACGUGCGCUACGUGAUCCACCACAGUAUGCCGAAAUCAGUAGAGGGAUAUUACCAAGAGGCCGGUCGCGCGGGCCGCGACGGCGAGCUGGCAACGUGCCUACUGUACUAUUCCUACUGUGACGUGGCGCGGUAUCGCAGACUGCUAGACAUGGAACGCAACACCACACCGGAGGCGAAGCGCGUCCACAUCGAGAACCUGCUGCGAAUGGUGGAGGUGUGCGAGAGCGUCACCGAGUGCCGCCGCGCGCAGGUGCUGGGGUACCUCGGCGAGCGCUUCAGCCGCGCCGAAUGCGCGGCGUAUAAAGCGGCUGCUUGCGACAACUGUCUACAGGCUGCUGAUUAUAAGCCUGUCGACGUAACAGAAGAGUGCAAGCUCAUCGUUCGUUGCAUCCGCAACGCGAACGCCUCCGGCCGCGCUUCGUUUACAUUACUGCAUAUCGCGGAUGCACUCCGAGGCUCUAUGCAACAGAGGAUACAGUCCUUACAUAAGAGCCCUAUGCACGGACGAUGCAAGGCGUGGCAGCGCGGCGACCCGCUGCGCCUGCUGCGGCAGAUGGUGGUGCGCUCGCUGCUGGCCGAGCAGCUGGUGGUCAACAACGACAUCGCCAGCGCCUACGUCGUGCUCGGGCCUGCCGUGGACAAGUUGAUGUCCGGAAACGUGCGCGUAGUGUUCCCCAUGAAGGUGGAGAAGAAACCAAAACUAACCGUCACCACCGCCGCGCCCGCCGCGAAUACCGACACGCCCAUCAACGCACUAAUAAAGAGGAUCGAAGAGAGAUGCUACGCCGACCUGGUCGAGGCAUGCCGGGAAAUGGCGGAAGCCCGCGGCACAUCUCUGAUCGCAGUCAUGCCGCUGGCCGGCUUGAAGGCCAUGUCGACGCGGCUGCCCGAGUCGCCGGACGACAUGCUGUCUCUGCCGCACGUCACGCGCGCCAACUACGACAAGUACGGCGCGGAGCUGCUCAAGAUUACUUCCGCCUACGCCGUGGAGAAGAUGGGCCUUCUCAUGCAGUAUCAAGACGAACUCGAACAAGAGAAGCCCGCCGAGGAUGACUUCGCCGACGGAACAGACUCGGAAACAGACUGGGGCAGCCUGGCCAAAGGAGCCAGCCAUGAUGCCAGCGCUCCCAGCACCAGGAGUAGAGGCCGCGGGAGGAGCUUCACUAGGGGUGUUAAGAAGAGGUUCAAGAAGAAACGUACAGCGUCAGCGGCGAAGACGAAAGCGGCGCGGGGGGCGUUCGCGGCGCGCGGGCGGGACGCGGCGGGGGCGGGGGCGGGGCGCGGGGCGGGGGCGGGCGCGGCUGCUGCCAAGCCCGCGCCGGCCUGGAAGUCCUCAGCGGGCAACAAGCUGGGCAGCAUGCCGGUGCCGCGCGCCAACACCGUGCUCAACACGAGACCCGGCGUCUUCAACCCCUCGAAGCUCAACCUGCUCUAAACGCCAAACUAGACCUUAUGUGCACCGACUAAAGUUGAUAAUCGGAUGAGAUGCUAGCUGCACCUGACCAAGCUGGGGAAGCAUGCCGGUGCCGCGCGCCAACACCGUGCUCAACAUGAGAUCCCUCCAAGCUCCCAAACUAGACCUUAUAUGCAACGACUAAAGUUCACAAUCGGAUGAGAUACUAGCUGCGUGUCAAACGAUAAUCGACCUUAUUUACCUCGUAUAACGUUGACAGUCGAAAGGAACAAUCGCGAUAUUAUUCAUCUUAGCUGUCAGAUGAAGGCGCAUGAUUACCCUACUGUGAACUAGACCAAUAGUUACGUUAUGCUCGCUGACAAAAAAAAGUUCAAGAUGAAGUUGUUAAAAUCAAACAGAAACCUACAGUAGACCACAAACUCAUCACUAUGAAGUUUAAUGCAAUUUAGUGUACGUGACACAUUAAAAAGUGCCUUAUUUACUACGCAUUAAGGACUUAUGUAAAUAACAUUCUAUUGAACUGAAUUUGAUUUGAAUAAUCAAAGGACUGCUGAAUGUAUUGAAUGAAAGAAAUAGUCCAGAUUUCUAGAUUGCAAUGUUAUGUCACUUCCAAGCUUUUAUGUUUUGAUUUAAGGUUGACAUUUGAGUGGAUUAUUACAUUUAGAAUGUCAAUGUAGAGAGCAAAAUUACCUAAGUUAGUGCAUAAAUAUCAACAAAUUACCUCAUCUUGUAUUGUCUAAAAGUAUGAUUAUAAUUCCAAUUAACUGCAGGCAGUUUUAGGUAUUGUAUCGUUGUAUUUUCGACGAGUAUUCCACCGAGCUAAACCAAAAGAGUAGGGUUUCGACGGAUCUGAAAUGUAUUGGUAGAUCCAGAUCCGGAUAAUUUUAUACAUUCGGAUCGGGAUUGCGAACUCUUAUAAUUUUAAUGGUAUCAUUAUGUCUGAUGUCAGCCGAUUUUUUGUUUAGGACGGUAGAAUAUCGUUUUCUUAAUGUGAUACAGCCCAAUAAUUGACUGAUUUUUAAUUUUAUUAUAAAAAAUGUUUUACAAUUAUUUCCACCGAUGAUAACAAUUCAAAAUGUCAGUAUGAGUAUGCCUUAGUUUUAAGUAUGAUCGAAUAAAUAUUUUUAUAUAAUUUA